AUUGUCAUCAGUUAGCUAAAGUAAAAUAAACAUGUAGAUGGUUAGAUGGAAGUCUGUGUGACCCCCACCAUAGUCCAGCAGUACAAAUAUUAGCAAAGAAGGGAUCGACCCCGCGAGGACGGAAAAGGGAGCAAAACUGGGGGAACGAGCUCAGCAUCAACAGAAACAUGAAGCGCGUCUUUCUCAAGCGCCUGAUGCGAGUUAGCACGCUGUGUAUAGGUAGUUAACUGGGAGAAACAUUUUUUUGCACAUUGGGUGUGGGGUAAAGGUACUAUUUAGAGACAAGCCCUAAAGUAGCAAGGCGACACAUGCGGAAUAUUCUACGGGAUCCCCGUCGCUCGUUCGCGUCAAGCUCCGCGUGGACAACUUUUUGGAAAUUGCACGACUUUAAAGCACUGAGAUUGGAUGAGCGGAGCCCUAAUGCGGCUGGAAAGCUCACGGGAGCCCGGCGGGAUGCACGCGUCUCCUUCGGCGUGACAGCGGAGCCAGUCUCGGAGCCCGUCGGGAGACGCGCAGCUCUCAGACACGCUCUUUAAACGUCCUGCCGCUAGCUGGCUCGGCUAAGCCCCACUUAGCGAGGCCCACUUCGGUGCGAGCCGCGGAAUUACUCACACUUUUCAUCUUCUGCGGCCAGAGGUUGGACGUUUCGGCACGUUUCACACGGUAUCCCACUUCAAGACGGUUGGGUAUAUUUAGAAUGCAGAGUUGUGCAUGAUUGCAAUAUACUGCUAUAGUUAAAUGAUCGGUCGUAAACAGAAGUCCUAAAUAAGGCUUUUAUGCUCCUUUAAAAUUAAAAAGCUAGUUCGACAGUAGUAUGUACGCAGAUGUCGUAGAUGAUUUUAAACGAUGCUGAGGCCGUUUUAAGUACAAUAGGCUAUAAUCUGUGGACUUUUUUUAAAAAAAAAGUAUGUUUACAUUCUUGAUGUGUUUGGUUUAUGCUGCGUCCUGUUAUAAUUAAAUUUACAGUGAAAUUACCUAUGGGACAGAGAUGGGGCACGGACUGAGGAAGUACGCGUGAAAGUACAAGGGAAAUUAAGUCAUUUUUGCUUGUUUUUGGGUAAUACAUAGCAAAUGUGUAACUGUAAGUGAUGUGUUCGAGCAUUUCCAGGUAGUUGAAAUCCAGUAUUUGCCAGACAGGUCCUGUCAUGCGCCGUCGAGUGUUUUUUUCCGUUUACAGUACAGGACGGUGUGCAGUGGAGCAUUAUACCGCAAAAGCAGUGCGUAGUGUUGCUGUAGCAGUCAUUUCCAAAUGGAAAAACGCAACUGUUGUUGAAAUUUGAAAAGAUGACUUUGUUUACUAUUCACCAGGUUAAAUUACUGAGUUAUAUGAGGUCAUAACGCUUAUUAUUAUUAUCAUUAUUGAAGAACAAAAUUAGAUCGUUUCUGGCGGUUUUCCCUGUGCGUAAAUUUUACACCGUAUUGUACGGUUUGCACUUUAUAACCCAGUGGUUUCACGUUCGACUAAAUCAGACUUCCGACUUUAAACUGGCAUCUAAUGUUGCCGUAUGUGACAUCUAUAAAUACCAGGCGAUGUGUUGGUGCCAAUUCACAGACCCUUAAUCAGACAUACUAUUGCGUAAUAGCUUGGCAGCUUCCUACCACGUUUUUGGAGGAGGAGCCUGGACACAGUCCAGUUUCUCGUAUUUAACUAAGCGUAUGUUUAAAGGGCUUGAUAUUUGUUUUGCAGACGUGUUUGUAAUCCGUGUUGAUUUUAAAUUAAGUUUGACAGUUUAUCUUGAACACACUGGUGAAGCAAGCCAAAUUCGUUUUAUGAACUUUUUAGAAGUUGCCCGAUGCACCUCUGACGGGCACUCUUCCGUUUUGAGUAAUAUUAAAAAUUGAACUAGAAGCCGAUAUACAUUGUAUAUUUUAUCGGAACUCUCAGCAGUAGUUUUUGUUUCUGACUUUGUGUUUACCUGCCCGUUGGGAGAUGUGACCUCACUGAGCAUAAGAGGUAUGCCGCUGCUUUAAGAAUGUGAGCACGAGCUUAACAGACAAGAAAAAGGUGUGCCUUAUGGGCUGGGAAACAUGAGCGGCGGCAAGAAGAAGAGUGGCUUCCAGAUCACCAGCGUCACCUUGGAAUAUGGCCAGGCAUCCGGCGAGCCCUCGCCCCCACCGGCGUCCAUGGGAAAGGAGGUGGCCGGCGGGACUGGGACCGACAGGUUCGCGCGGCCCGAUGAUGCCGGGGACCACAAGCUUCCAGCCAGGUCUGGCAGCCUGGGCGGGGAUGAAGUGGUCCGGGGGAAAGGUUCUGCCCCCAAUGGUCCCACCCUGCUGGACGUGAUCAGGACGGUGCAACCACACACCAGCUGCAGCCAGCCCAGCACCCCCGCGGCUGUGCGCCGGCAGACGGGGUCCCAGGACAGUGUGGGGGCCCAGUCCCCGCAGGCAUCCCGCUUCCGUGUGGUGAGGCUGGGCCACGGCCUGGGAGAGCCGUACCGCCGUGGCCGCUGGACCUGUGUGGACUUCCUGGAGCGGGAGGGUGGAGAGGAGCGCGGCUUGAGGCGCGUCAUGGACAGCAUGCGCCACGCCCACUCACUGGAGUCACUGGAGACUGUGGGGCUGGGUGGGGCCGAGGGGCCCGGGGGUGGGGCUUUGCUGAAGCCCUUGGGGCAUGUGCGUGCCCUCCGUGCCGGUCACCUGGUUCACUCACAGGGCACCACCCACCUGCGUGCGCCACACCUGGGGGGUGGGGCUGACGAGCUCCUGGCCAAGCCCCGCCCCUCAUCUAGUGGGCCGCCGUCCCCUUCGUCCUCCUCGCCCUCCCCCUCUCGCAAGGAGCGCUUCAGCGUCAGGCUGGUGAGCACGGGUUCGCUGCGGUCCUCCCUCUCCUCCCCCACCUCUCAGCCACCAGAGCCCCCGGUGUUCUCCCCACCGCGUUACCGGCACGUCCCCGCCCCUCUGCAGCUGGACAUGGACAUGGGAGGGAAGCCUCUAUUUCGAGAAACCCUCUCUCAGCCCAGCUCCCCUGGCCCCUCCUCUUCGCGAGAUGGCGCCUUCCAACAGAGUGCCAACCCUGUGCCUACCCCCUCUGCACUCAGCUUGGCGCAGUCUGUUUUUGGGGUGGGCGGGACCUUCGACCUCAGCGACGACAGCGGCUCCAGCACCAGCAUGAUUGCAAUUGACAACAAGAUUGAACAAGCCAUGGACCUGGUGAAGACCCACCUGAUGAUGGCUGUGCGGGAGGAGGUGGAGGUGCUGAGGGAGCAGAUCAAGGAGCUGACGGAACGCAACGCGCAGCUGGAGAGGGAGAACUAUAUCCUCCGGGCCCUUCAGGAGCGAGACUGAGGGAGCCGGGACAGCAGGAGAGCGAGGGAAGCCUUUGGCCCCUAGACCCCGGGGAGAAGGAGGGGGAGAGACAGAGAGAGCACGUUCCAGAAACGUCGGCAAUGCGUCCGGCUGAUUGUACGAUUACCCGAUUGGUUAGUCUUCUAGAGGAUCAUGGGAAACUGAAACGCCAAGUCAGCCGAGAUGCAGUGAGCUACAGAGGGAGAAAUAAACAAGAAAGGAGAUGAAUGGAGGAUGGACUACAAGAGCAGGAGGUGGGAAGUGUGGAUGAUCAUGGAGGAUGGGGAAGGGGAGCCAUCUGACUGGCAGCCUUGAGUGCCAAGACCCCUGCAGUGGGGUACCCCUCUGUAUCCCACACACACACACACACACACACACACAGAGGUACACAUGUAAUUACACUAUCAAACAUAAUGUGCAUGUUCACAAGUGAAAAUGCACACCAGGAGCGUCAAUAGAGAUUUAUGGAAAGCCUUUCCAUUUUAAAGAAAAUGAAAGAGGACACACAAAUAAAAUAGUGUGCAUUUAUUUUGAGGAGACUGAAGAACAUUUUAGGGGGGGCUAAAGCCCUCCUAAAACAGCCCCAGCCGACACAUAGCAGCACGGGGGGCUACUAAAAACUCAGUGGAAUACAUGGGUACAAACGUGUAGUGACACACAGGUACACGAGCGCAGAUGCCUGUAACACACUAACACACAAACUCUGUAUCUCGAAGGAAGCGUUCAGUUCUAAUCAUACGGAGUGAAAUAUGAAGCAUCUUUAAUAACUUUUAAUGAUGAUUAACGCAGGUGGUGUUGAUGAUAAUGGUAAGAAUUCUUUGCAGUGUAAAAAUUUAAGCUGCUUUUUUGGCUAAUUUAUUGGUCUCCUGCUAGGAGAGAAGGAGCCUGGUUGGGUUUUGUUUGUGGCUUUUCUGCUUUUAUUGCAUGUUGAGGUCUUUGGUUUUGCAUACUAGCUAUUUUACUGCACCUUUUUAGCCAUCAAUUAAACUUAAAAGGAAGGGCUAUUUUUUCGUUACUGAGGCACAUGUUGGGACGCUAGUCGAGGCCCAGAGGGACCCCAAUGUCCCCCCCCCCCCACUAUAGUCACUGUAUUUUCACCAACCUGACUUUAGCGACCUGAAGAGACGUCUGUCUGCCCUCGAAAAGCCUCCUGUUAUUUACACCACAUUUUAAUUUCACAUUUAUUUAAAAUCUUAUCAUGCUGUGGAACCAUCAAGAUUCCGGUCAGCUGAGUCUUUACUGGAGAUAUUUAAAAUUUUGUCUACAAUCCCAUAAAUCUGUGACAUGGUUUGUUUUUGCUUUUUUAACCACCUGCCUGGGAAAUUGAAUGUGUAAUAAUACACUGUGCCAGGCAGUGAUUGAUUACAUUGUGCCAAAGCUGUUUUUUUUCCUUCUGAAUACAGAUAUUAAAGGGGAUGAGUGGAAAUAUUGUGUUUUUGUGGUCUUAACAUGUCGGCUUAUUUGCCUGAGGUGGUGGACGGACUCACUCCUCUGAGGUUAGAUUCCACUAGAACGGGCCGGUCCCAUGACGGAACCGGGAACCAGCCUGGGUUGAUAUAUACAUGAGGCGAAGACUGUUGCUUUAUCGAGGGACCUGCAGACCCCUGACUGUUACUGUCAAGACCCAGGGAGUUUUGUGGAGACUAUCUUGAACACCAUAACAGGUUUCCUUACAAAACACAUGCACACCAAGAUAAUUAACUCUAGUGGUACAAGUCCAGUAGUUGCAUGAUUUCCUCAGCAGGGGCAUCAUACUUGAUUUAAAAGCAGCUCCAGCAAUCUGCUCAUUCAUUUUUGUUUUAUUGUGAAAGGGGCUUAAAGAUUCUCUGAGACUGUUACAUCAGAGGGUGUUUUUAAUUCUUUUCUAGGAUAUUAGUAUUUUAAAAACAUCCUUUUCUAAAAUGGGGUACAAAGUAUUAAUUGUUUGUAACUGUACAAAUUGCAAAAGGAAAAAUAGGGUCUAAUAAAUAACUUUUACUAAA